ACACAAAUUAACAUAACUUAAAUAUUUUUGAAAGUGUAUAUGUUUGAGAACUCAGGGAAAAUAUUACUUUAUUGUUUGUCCACACAAUUAUUCAAACGUUUUAAUAAUUUUCAUUAACAAGGUGUAAUGUUUCCAUUUGGCAGAUACUUUUAUAGCCUACAAAGCAUAAACAAUGCCUAUUCAAUAUUUGUGUUCCCUCGGAAUCAUUCAACCUUAGCUAUAGUAGCCUACAGAGGCAGAGGUGAGAAAAUAUGGCGUUAUCUAUGGCGUAAAUGGUCGCGCAUCUACGCAAUUUCCUUGAGUGGGAGAGAGAGAUUCUUGAACGCUCCGUUCUGGUCUCACACAGCUCGCGUCACACAAGUAACGUUAUAUGUCUGACAUGCUGUGCUAGAAAAGUUGAUUCAGGUAGUUUAAAGGUUGUUGUGUAGAUUAUAUCUGCCAGGACAGCACGCGCAGAGACGACCUCACAGGUGAAGUAAACACCGGCGCCGUACACAGCAUUUUCAUCCAGCAGUCGUAUAAAGGUCAUCAGCGAACUUCUCCUAUGUUUGGAACAAUCGUAGUGAACAUGACGAGCUUGAAGGCGUUUACUUUUGUGCAUCCCGAGCAUGCAGCUACACGCUCUCUGCAUUCCCUGGCUGAGCAGAAACACUCAUGAAUGGAUGCUGGCUGCACAGGGAGAGUGGCUUCUGAACCGGUGGAGGACACUGAUCCCAGCAGCUUCAUUACAGAUAUGUCUCUAAGGUCAAAUUACCCUGUUCAGGUCACUACUGAUCCACAAGGUAUCAGAGAUCCUGUAACCCUACAGCUCAGUUCUGUUCCCCCUGGUUAUCUGUCAUCAGCGGUGGACAGAAUACGACAGCCUGUGGAAAAUGACUCUACUGAAUUUAUUCCAUCUGCUUCCAUUUCAUCAGACUUUAGUAAAGAACGCAAGUCCUGUAAGGAGUGUUUGUGUUCUGCCCCUCCACCCAAAAUCAGUGACCUGAUGAACGACGAAGACCUUCUGUACACCCUAAGGCUGAAGCUGGACCCAACUCACUGCACUGUCAAAAACUGGAAGAACUUUGCAAGCCGCUGGGGGAUGAGCUACGACGAGCUCACGCUUCUAGAGCAGCGCACACACGGCGCCACCUACCAAAGUCCCACUCAAGAGUUCCUCCUGCGCUACAACCAGAAACCUGUCACGGAGCUCACCGAACUUUGCCAGCUUUACCAGCGCAUCGAUGUGCUGCGAUUGCUCCAGAGGUGGAUGGAGAACGACUGGCCCUCACGCUGGCAGAAGGCCCAUUAGCUGGGACUUGGCAAUAACUGGAUCUUAAUGAAUGAAAUGUGUUCGUAGAAUCUGAAAUUCAUGACUGCAGGGACGGACAGCUGGUCAGAACACACACUAGUGAACAGUGGUGGUACAAAGACAGUGUUUACAAGGUUGUACACUGGACUUAGUUUAUUUUGAACUUUUGGCUGAUGUCAUCACUCCAAGUGUCACAGAUUGGGUCACAUCUUUGAAAUGCAGAUAUUAGCUAUGUGAUUUGAAGGGUGAUCAACAAAAAUAAGCAGUGGCGCCCCAGCACUUCAGGAGGAAAUGGCAAGAACACUCAGGUGUGACUACACAUUUAGAUUCUGUCUGGAAAUUCUGCGUCAUUCCAGUGAUACACUGUUUAAUUUAUUUUUAAUACAAACAGCCAUCUACUGGUGCUGUGCCACUUGUUGGUGGUUUUAUGAAGUGUCCUUAAAUUAGUAACAUUUAUGAUGUUGAGUCAUUGUGCUCGGUAUUCAAAUGAGUUUUGAGACAGUUUCUCACCUUGAGUCUUGCCUGCACUAGUAAUGGUCUAUGAAUCAUUCACAAAGGAGUGGCUGGUCAGGACACACGAACUGAAUCUCCUUCAUUUCAGCUGUAGUUCAGCUUCCUAUAUUUUCUCAUUGCAGCAAAUCCUGCAAUAAGGCAUUGACAGUAUAUCCCAGGAAAAAUGAGGUUAGAGGUAGUUCAUGAUUUAGAUUAAUGCCUAUAGAUUACGGCUGUUUUGCUGUUGAUUCAAGUCCAUAAAAAUUAGAACAACAUAAAAGACAAGAGAAUUGAUGAGGUAUUGGCAUUGUUUUAAUUAAAUUUAGUCCUAGCUACAAGUAUAUGGUACAGGAUGGUGUGCUUUGUUGGCCUUCUUUUAUGCAACCAUGAAUUUGUCUAUAAACCAUUUGUUGAAUUGAAUGCAAGAUGUAAGAAUAGUGAAAUUCGUUCCGCUCGUGUUUUAUGAAUGAGACUCGUUUUGUGGGGAGGGUUUGUGAAGUAGUCAGUUAAAGAUUCAAAAUUUAAAUUUGAGUAUCAUAUAAAACAUUGUGAUAUAUAUUUAAAUUCCCAUUGCACUGUUUACUGAGCUCUUGAAUUUAAUAUCAUGUUUGUUAUGAAUGGCACUUAAAAAUGACUUCUUUUUUUUUCCCCUAUUAUUUUGAGUCUUUAAGAAAGAUUUAUCAAUUCUCUGAGAAAGGAGCAGAAAAAUAGCAGUAUAAUACUGCAGAGUACCAUGGAUCUGGAAGUUGAUUGGACUUAGUUCACCCAAAAAUGGAAUUUCUGUCAGCCUGCACUGUCUAUACGACGUAAAUACCAUAGGAGAAUGACAGGGUAGAGAAGAAAUUGUUGAUUAAGGUUAUUAUUUUUUUGUUUUUGCGCACAAAAAGUAUUCUCUUCAUAACAUUAAGGUUGAACCACUGUAGUUGCAUGGACUAUUUCAACAAUGUCUUUACUACUUCUCUGGACCUUGAAUGUGGUAAUUAUGUUGCUUUCUAUGGGGGAUAAAAAUUUUUUAUCUGAUUUUAUCAAAAAAAAAAAAAAAAAAAUCUUAAUUUGUGUUCCGAAGAUGAACGAAAGUUUUACGGGUGUGGAAAGAUAUGAGGGUGAGUAAUUAAUGACAGAAAUUUCAUUUUUGGGUGAACUAACCCUUUAAAUCUUAAUUCAAUCUGAGCUGUUUUAAAUUCAGUUAAAUUAUCAAAAGUAUUUGAUGGUUUCAAAAAUGCAGGUUGUGGCGGUUUCAGAAUUUGUGGUCAAAUGUCAAUUACAAUGCAGAUAGUAGGGUUGGUUUUGACAACGUUACCUCUUCUAAACAAGAUUCUUUUUGUCUUCUAUAAAAAGUGGUUGGUUUUGUGCUUGUAAUUUCCUGAAUUUUAAAGCCACAUCUGUUUGUGUGCAUCAUCAGAGGUUCUCUGUAUAAAAUAAAACUUUUAUGUGCACAGUA